AUGCCUCCCAAGCGCCGAACUCGUGACGACGACGCGUAUGGUUCGGAAGGCAACUCCGACGUCUCUCCAGCUCCUGCAAAGCGCGUCCGAGUCAGCAAGAAACAACUUCAAUUUAACAACAGUAUAGCAGCAUCUGCCCCAGGAUUACACACACUAGAAUCCUUGCUCGCGCUCUCUCACGAUGAACUCGCGAAGCAUGCUCUCGAUCUUCAGAACCAGCUGUCAGCACUUCAACAAGGUGGCAGCGGCAGCUCCGGCGAAGUAUGGAGCGAAGAGAAGAUUGCCGAACGCGCAAAGAAGACGAGAGACGUAUGCGCAGCAGAGAUCAAGAAACAGAUGAAAUGGCAGCCCAGCUGCAAAGGAAGUACAAAGUGGAGUUACACUGGCAUCGUCCCUCAUGAGGAUGUCUUUUACAAGCUCUUCGGAUUCGAGAAGUCCAAAAAGCCAUGGAAGCAAAAGGCAAUCGAUACGGUCGACCUGGAACAAUAUAUUGGUGAUAUCAGUGCUCCUAUCAGGUAUAACACCUUGAACCUCACCGGUAACAGCGUCAAGGUUCAUUGGGAUCAAGAUGAGAAUACCCUUAAGUUGACUGGGACUUAUGGCUUGUAA